GUUUCUUUGUCACAGAGAAAGCCAAAGUAUUCAGCAACUCGCCGUCUGCAUUUGAAGUCCAAACUGCUGAAGAAGGCAGCUUCUAUGCUGGUGGCUGAAAGUGAAGAGACAAAACAGGAGAAAGAAAGAGUUGUGAACGAGUGUUUCCCUCCACUGAAGCUCUCAGGUCUGUCCGUCCAGGAGCUGCAGGAUCUUUGUAAAGAGCUAAAUCGUAAGAUUGAUGCUGUAGAUGAAGCACGCUAUGAUAUGGAGGCUAAGGCAGUCAGAAGUGGGACUGAGAUCCAGACACUGAAUCACAAGAUCAUUGAGCUGAAGGGGGUGAAGCGGCCCAACCUGAAGAGGGUGAAGAAAACGACGGACGACAUGCUGGGUGCAUACACCGAAAACACCAAACUCACAAAGGCGGAUUUCAAGGCCAAACUGAAGACAGUGAAGAAAGAGGAUGACAAGAAGGAAGAGGUGACCGACUGGCGUAAGAACGUGGAGGCCAUGUCCGGUAUGCAGGGCAGGAAGAAGCUGUUCACUGCUGGACAAUAAGAGGCUGCUCAUGUUA